CAAUAGACAACUGACGAUUCUGUCAAAGACGAGCGCGCUGCGAUUGAUUUUUAUUGGAGCUCGUCGCAAGAGGUCGCUGUAAAAUUUCCUGACGCGCGUGUAUUGCGAUUGCGUGAAAACGCAGCAUUCUCCAAGUUGUAUACACGUGAUUGGUCGAUUCCUCUGCGCGCGAUCAUUACGCGCCGUAUGAAUUCGUCUUUAUAAGUCUAUGAAUGUGUGAAGUUUCUAGUCGGAUGACUCUGAUCUACUAUUCUUCAUUCAUUUCAUAUUUUAUCCGAUAGCCAAUUAGCGUGCCCGAUAAGCUUGUGCAGUAAUGUAAUGUUGGACUAAACUGUCGCAAAAAAAAGCUCAUAAUGCUUCUACGUUUGUCUGUAUACGCGAUGGCCUAUAUGCAUAUAUAAUAUUACGAAGUGAAUAAAAUUAAAUAUGAUUAUAAGUUUCCAUUAAUACAUCGAGUUAUUAUUUUGUGAAAUAUUUCUACAUUUCCGUCGGCAAAGGAAAGAGAGAGAGAUUGAGAGAGAAUGAAUCUUGGAAAUAAGGAUUAAAAUAAAUGUGUUAUUUUCCCUGAAACAUCUCAACAAAAAUUUUCCUUCUUUUAUUUCCUCCUUCUAUUUCCUUCUUUUAUCGAGAAUGAUUCAGUGUUAGAACGAGUGUUAACUCGUUAACUGUGCAGUAAAUCACAUGCAACUCCGAUAAAAUUGUAAUUUUAUUACUCAUUGUGUAAAAGUGGAAGAAAUAAGAAUAUUAAGAAUGGCAAGAUUUGACGAAGAUAUGUACUUGGAACAUAUCCCACUACCUGUAUACAAGGAAUUGAUCUAUGAAUUAAAUAAAAAAUCAAAUUGGAAAGUACUGGCCUGCCACUUAGCUGAACAACUUGGAUAUCCAUGUAACUCAUGGCUACAAUCGUUACAACAAAACACCGAUUCUACAAAAACACCAGCGGAUAAUCUGUUGUUUGAGUUAAAUGUAAAAAUGUGUACAAUUGGUAUAUUAUGUACAUUACUUAAAGACUGUGAACUUAUUAAUGUUCUAUCAGUUUUAUAUCAUCCAGAGCCAUUAACAAUUAUCAAACAUCCAUCUGAUGAUAUGGAAUGUAAUACGUUAGAACUAUCUUUUGGCAAACACCUAUGUCUUUCUUGUAAAGCUAAUGGCAUACCAUUACCAACUUAUAAAUGGUAUCAUAACAACAUUGAGUUACAAGAACAGCAAAGCCAUGAACUUGAUAUUAUCUUAACUAGUUCCAGUCAAGUUGGAGAAUACAAGUGUAAAGUCUCACAAAUGACUAAUGAUGAAAGUAUAAUUUCUGUAUUAUUAACUAAAUCAGUGUUUGUUAAUAUAUCUCCAGUACCUGUAGUGAUACAACAACAACCACCAACCCUUUUAGAGAUUAAAGAAGGAGAAGAUUUCACAAUUAGUUGUACAGUGCACAGCCAUCCUGAACCACAUUAUCAAUGGUUCCGAGACAAUACAAGAUUAGAAGGAGAAAUAUCCAAUGUAUUACAUAUAAAACAAUUUAAUUCUAAAUAUGAAGGAAAGUAUUAUUGCUACAUAACUAACAGUGUCAGUGAAGUUGUUACUCAAAGAUGUCAUAUACUGAUGGAUCUACCUCGUCAAAAGGCAAUUGCAAAAAUAGCUUUAAUUAUUGCAAAUAAUGAUUAUGAGUAUCAUAAAUGUUUGAAGACACCCAAAAAUGAUGCUGCUAAAAUUGGUAAUCUGUUAAAGGAAAUUGGUUUUAAAGUGAUCUGCUUUAUGAAUUUAUCUUCCGAACAGAUGAGAAAAGCUAUAAAAAUGUUUGGUGAAUUUUUAACAGAAGGCGUUUAUGGAUUAUUCUACUAUGCUGGGCAUGGUUUUAAAAUGCAAGAGAGUUACAUGCUUGCUAUUAAUGCACCAGAAUCUUAUUUAAGGAAAGAUGCAAUUUGUGAGAGUGAAUUGUUAGCUACAUUUUUACAAAAUGAUCCUGCUCUUUUAGUAACAAUAUUGGAUAUGUGUCAAACUGUACCACCAAAAGAAUGUAAUCCUGAUAUCCAUAAUGAAAUACCAAAAGUUAAAGAAUUUAAAAGUAGGAAAAAUCUACGGAAUUUAGUACAAGCAUAUUCCACAUCUAGUCAUCGUCCUAGUUACGAACGAAUAAACAGCAAGUAUGGAUUGUAUGCGACUCAUCUAAGCAAAUAUAUCAGUAAAGAUAUCCCAAUCACAAAAGUAUUUGAAGAAGUAGGAAAAUCCAUAGAUACCUGGUUGAAAGGAACAGAACGUAACCAAAUACCAAUGUUUGCGUUAACUAUUACCAAACCUUUUCGUCUCACCGAUGCAAUUUACAAAAGAAAUCCGUCAUCAGCUCUAAAUAUCCUAAACAAAUUAAUAACCUUCUCAACGAAUUCUUUUGAGAUAAGCUUCAAACAAGCUGCUAUCUCAGCCAAAGUUACAAUCUCAUUAUUUAUGGAGCCUUAUUUAAAUAUAAUCAAGGUUUCAGUAUGCAAUCUAGAAGAUUUAGAAGUAAAUUUUUUUAAUUCUGUGCCUACAAAACAAAAUAACUUGUUUCAAACUGCAUCUAAGCAGGAAUGUUGGAUAUGUAAUCCACAGAUGUGUCAGGGACCCUUGGUUGUAUCUGUUUCAAAAAAUGGAACUCCUAUUGGUGCUACAUUGUUACAUAUUAAAAAUUAUAUUCCAUUAAUAUUGGAAAGUAUCAACAGCUAAUAUGUAUUGUGUGUGUGUGUACAUAAAUGAUUUAUAUUUUUACAGAAA